CAGAACUGUCAAAUUGAGAACAUGGCUGAUGCAGCAGCAGCCCGUAGGGAAGCUCGGAGAAGGAAAAUAUUGGAAAAUUCUCAGACCAGACUUCAACGUAUAUCUGGAAAAUGCGAAGAACCGAUUCCAAAUGAAUCAUCUUUUAAGACCAUACUUCCAAACGUAAAUUGCGAAGAUUUAGCAACGUCUAGCAGUGGCACGACUAGUAGGAGCAACAAUUUUUUCAAUAAUGGUGUCGUGGUUACCGAGGCACCACCAGUGGCGGUGUCGCCACCGAGUCCUAUUUAUGAAGCGGACGCGGCAGGCGACAGUUUCACGGAUGUAGCCAAUGACUUGGCAGCUUUAAUGUCGCCAGGAUCACAACCAGCUAACACUCAACAAGUGACCGUUUUGGAAAAACUAGUUCUGUACAAGUAUGAUGUAGUGCUAGUGUCUUUGCUUGUGCAACUUCUGUAUAGUUUCUCAUUGUUGACAUUUGACGAGACAUAUUUUUUCUUGCCCUUGGUGGUUUACAUUGUUACUAAGAUUAUAUGGUUCCCAGCACCUAGCAGCUCCAACUUUGCUAAUGCUUUACUUCUCUUAAAUGGAAUAUCAGCGCAAAGAGUAGAACGUAUUACAUCAGUGAUGCGCUGGGUGAGCAUAUUUUCUCAGGAUGUCUGCGUUUACCUUUUUACAAUGAUUUGUAUGCAGGCUCUUACUCAAACUAUCACAAAUUCUUUAAUCACAUAGUAGAAGUUGACAUUUUAUAAUUUUCCAGUUAAAUUUCAGACAUAUUGUUGACUGAGCAGUUCUAACAUUAGCUGUAUAGCAUUUAAUAAAUAGAAAUGUUCCAGAAGUUUGAUUGCUUGUGCCUUUAUACAUAAGUGAGAAUUUGUGACAUGUGUGCGUUUUAGUCACAUAUUGCCAUUUUAGUUUAAUUAGGACAAUAUUGUACAUAGUAAAUGACAAACAUUUGUUACUUUAUUUGUAAAUUUCAUUUUGCUCAAUUAUUUUUGCUUUUACACUACACUAAUGCAUUUAAAAUAUUGUAUUUUUUAUACUUAUUAUAAUCACAAUUUUAAGAUACUCUUUCAUAUAUGAAUUAAAAAUGUUUGGAGGCCAAAUUAGCACUUUGUAUUUAAAAUGUUAAAUGUAACUAUAACAUCUAGGGCAUCCCAGGGUUGUAUAACCUCUCAUGGCAUGUAGUGUCACAAUCAUAACAUUCAUAAUUAUUUGUCAUGUCAAUGAUCUCGGUCAUACUAGCCUUUCGACAUCAUGAUCAUAUCUUGAAUGCAAAGGUGGAAGAAGUUGUAAAUAAUUUAGAAUGGCCUGAAUAGAUCCAUUGAUGGCCUUAACUGUUAUCAAUUUUAACUGCAAGUUUUGCUCCAAGAUGUAUAAUUGGACGAGUUGAAAAUAGCAAUAAUAAUCAAUUUGGAAAUAUUUUAUAUGAUGGCAGUUUGUGACUUGUUAAGUAAAAUUGUAGUGGGAAUGGAAUAAAAUAUGCACAUAUAGUUAGGGGAGACUGGUUCAAAACAGCCAUAACAAAAAAAACAUAGUAUUAAAGAUCGCAAGAAACUUCCUAGAAUAACUUUUUGUUUACUUACCCCCUUAUUCAUAAACAUUCACUGAAGUUAUCAAGAUGAUAAAGUUUGUUUGUCCCUUUCUAUCACACCAAUAGGUCGGAAAGGGACAAACGAACUUUAUCAGCUUGAUAACUUUAAUGAAUGUUUACAAUUAAGGGGGUUAGAGUUUCAUUAAGGUUGCUACUUAACCAACCAUACCUGGUCUCCCCUAUAUCUUCUUAGGGCCUGGUUACUUUCUGUCUGUGCAAUGUAGUUUUGUUGGUGUUUCUAAUAACUGCUUAUUAAUAAUUAAUUUAUUAUCUAAAUUCAGGUACGAAAUACCACUUUAUUACCUAACUUCUAGGAUAGAGGGUUUGACAACAAAGAAUUAAGCUGAACUUGUACAAAAAGAAGUUACAGCAUUUAUUAUAAUAAAUCUUGCAAUGCCAAUAAUGCCAUUAUUUUUGAUUACUAGACACAUUAAGAUACCAAUAUUAGCAGUAUAUUUUUAUAGACCAUACUUGUUACGCUGUAUGUAAUGCAUUUCUAAUAACAUAAUAUUCCACCGAUCAGCUUAAUUCAAGUUGUACUAUAAAGGUCAAACAAUAGAAAGUAUUUAUUUUAAUAUUUUGUAAUGCAUCUUUUAAAAUACAAUAUUUGUAAUAUUUU